ACGAGGAGAAGCAGGUCGUCUAUUUCUGAAGGUUGCUCUUCCUCUUCGUCGCGGUUACGAGAAGUCAGCAUUGAAGCCUCGAAUUUGUUGACCAUCAUACACAUAAAAAUACACACACAUCAGCUGCUGAUACCAAAGAAGAAGAAGAAGAACUUCCAGAAGGUAAAGGUAGGCUACAGGUAGAACAACGAGAUCACCGUGUAGAUGCCAAAGAACUUCCAGAAGAUAAGCGACUACAGAUAGAACAACGAGAUCAUCGUGUAGAUGCCAAAGAACUUUCAGGAGAUGUUGAACGACUGCAGGUAGAACAAGGAGAUCACCGUGUAGAUGCCGCACAUGGAGAACAGUACCAGCCAAAUGCUGGCGGACCACAAGUCCUGCUGGUGACAGGUGGAGACUAAGUAAAUCAAGGUACUAGAAUCAUCGUUCCUGACCCAGGUGAUCUUCGACUGGAAGACGGUAUGGACCAUUUUGUCUUCGAUGUCAGCAAAGUUUGUCGGCUUGCACCAGGGUCCUCCCUGGUUCGUGUGGUACUGAGUCGUGUAGUCGCACGGGGAACGUUAUUUGGAUUUGCGGAAGGUACUAGUUGUAGUUUCAUCAACAACAGGGAUGAAGCUAAAAAUAAGAGAAGUAGAACUUCUACUACGACCUUCCAAGAAGAACAGCUAGUACGACCACAUGGUUUCAUCAACAACAGGAACGCUAAAAACCACAGAACUGCACAGGAAGCUCGGAUUCACUGGCAAAAGGCGCCUUUCCCUCCUGUGCCGCCAGGUGGAUUCGUCAUGCUAAGGAGCUCAAUUCAACACGAAGAUCAUCAUGGAGAGGAAGUGCACAGCUCUGGUAGCGCUUGUGGCUGUCAGGAUACAAGUUUCCAUUAAGGGUAGGCUUUAGGUGCUCGCCAAGAAUGCUUGAGAAAAAUCAUUUGAGAUUAGGUUGCCUCUCCUAACUAGUAAAGGCAUGACUAACUACAACUGAGUAAGAAAGCUACUUCCAAGGCGCUUCUAAGUACCUCUAAUUAAAGCUAUUUCGAAGGCAGUUCUAAGUAGUGCCUCUAAUUCGAAUCUCUUUUGCUUAUGUUGUCGUGCGCAUGAAACCUCUACCUCCUCUACCGUGCAGACGACAUCGCUUCUGAGAGGAGUGCCAAACGAUGGAGGAAUCGAAGUUGAUCAUGAAUUUCCACAUCAAGAAAUAUCUUUGAAGAAUCUCUUGCCGUGUCGAAGCAAUAGAACGAGUGCAACUGCGACUACACUUCCUGUCGAUCGUGGAAGAACAACACCUGUCGAUGAUGGUUCUGGUGGACGACAGGAUCGGGAAGGCGCUCGCGUUACAACUUCCUUCGAGACUCGUGAGACGCUAGCCUUAUUUAUUAGUGAAAGAUGCUGGCUUCGCUGCUACCACCUUCGGCACUUCCUUUGCAGAGUUACGCUUAUUGCUGUCAUCUCUUCGGUAAUUUAUUCCUCAAAAUGGGUUUCUUAGUUUAGGGCUAGAAGUGUAGUCCAAAAACUGCCCACACAUCUCGCGUUGGUGAGGAGCGUGAUACUUUUUUUCUCUCCUAGAUGGGUUUAAGGUUUCUUAGUUGUAGGUAAUUAGGGUUAGGUUGGAGUGAGCGCUAACAGUCGCUCCGCGUGCACGUGUAAGCCGUUGAUUCACGAAGCAACGCGCGUGUGUAUUCGUGGCGGAUAUCAUGGAAAUCUAGUGGCUGCGCCAGAAGUAGUCAUCGGACCGUACCUGUGUAUAGUUCUACUUCUAUUAGACUUGGCGUGCUUCUGA